GGGUUGCGAGCACAUUUUACGAACCCUGCUUGAAGGUGAGGCUGAGUGGCUAAGCGGUAAAAAUUGGUGUGUUGGUGGCUUGGAGAAGAGGAAACGGAUAAAUGGAUAAAUUUUUGAAAUCAGGUAAUAUCAAGGAAGUUGACGAGUCCGUGGAGCAAAGUGGCAAGCGUAAGGGAAGGCAAAAGUCCGACAUUUGGAAUUUUUUUACAAGGGUGCCAGGGGGAAACUCCGCAAAAUGCAAAACUUGUGGUUUGGAUUAUAGAACAGGUGGAAACACAACAAACUUGUUUAUUCAUCUAUUGCGGGCUCAUACGACUUUGUCCCAUGAGUCGAAGCCUGUGGCGACCAUAAAAACUUUCUUCAGUUCAAACAAUUAUUAUGAAAACUAUUCCGCGCAUAAAAAGGAGCUUGACAAAGCAUUAACCCGCAUGAUUGCCAUCGAUAUGCAACCCUUUCGCAUUGUUGAAGAUCGUGGAUUUCGUGAUUUCGUUCAUUACCUUAAUCCAAGGUAUAUAUUUCCCAGUAGGACAACUUUGAGAAACGAGCAUCUACAAAAUAUGUACAACGAAAUGAAAGAAAAACUUGUUCUGAUUCUCAAUAACGUAGAAUACUGUGCCGUGACAACGGAUGGUUGGACAUCGCGGGCGAAUGAAUUUUAUGUCACAGUUACUUGCCAUUUCAUAGACAAGAACUUUGUAUUAAGAGAAGCUGUUUUAUCAACGAACAAACUUGAUAUUGAUACCGAUCACACAAGUAAUAACAUAGCUGACUCUUUGCGUGCAGUACUGUUGGAUUGGAAUAUUUUACAUAUAACUUCUACUAUUGUUACGGACAAUGCAGCAAAUAUGAUAAAAGCUUGUGAAAUUCUGAAGAAAAGGCAUUUGCCAUGCUUUGUACAUAGCCUAAACCUUGUAAUUCAGGAUGUAUUGGCUCGAGAUUUUAUAACAGGCACAUUAUCAAGAUGCAAGCGGAUUGUCACCUUUUUUAAAAGCAGUUCUAUUGCAUAUGCAUAAUUAAAAGCCGCUCAAAAUGAUGAAAACCCUCUUAGCCUAAUACAGGAAGUACCCACGAGAUGGAACAGCUCAUUCAAGAUGAUGGAAAGAAUUAAAAUUAAACAGUAACAUUUCUUCCGUGCUUUUUAGUACUUUAAAAGCACCCCAUCCAUUGACUGCGGAUGACAUAAACAUAAUGAAGGUCUUAGUUUCCUUGUUUAUGCCGUUUGACAGUGCAACCACCCGGAUCUCUUCGAGCAGCACAGUUACAAUUUCCGAAAUAAUUCCGACUACAGUUGAUCUAUACCAUCGCUCACACAAUGCAAAACUGGCACUUAAGACAGCGGAAGGAAUAAAAACCUACAACUCUUUGAUAGAUGGAGUUAAUCGUCACCUUGCACCUUUUGAAAAUCGAAGCGUAGCUCAACUUGCAACGAUUUUAGACCCAAGAUUUAAAAAAGAAGGGUUCGGUUGUUCUUCCACCGCCGACGCAGCAGGUUUUUUGUUGCAAAAUGAAAUUGCAGCUUGUAGUUCAUACGGAAAUCCGACUCCCGACAUCGAAGAGCCACCAACACAUCCUGAUUAUCCAAGCACUAAAACAUCGCAAAUUUAUGCAUUUGUGCAGGACAAAAUAGCACAAAAACAAUCUAUAAUAUUAGUGAGACAAUUCUUAGAAAAACCUCACGAGUUGCAGGGCACACCACCAUUGAAAUACUGAAAGACACAUGUGCAUGAGAUGCAACACUUUCAAAUUUGCAUCUUUAAGUAUUUGUGCAUUCCAGCAUGCUCCACUGCGUCUGAACGCAUGUUCAGUAAGGCGGGAUGCAUCCUCUCUGACAGACGCGCCGCUUUAAAACCGUUUAUUGUAGACCAGUUGCUGCUUACAAACAAAAACCAAUGGCUAAAUGAAUA